AUGGCGGCGAAAACACAGGGCGGCAUCCGUCUCAGCGCGCUUUGUCCAAAGUUCUUGCACACCAACUCUACCAGUCACACCUGGCCUUUCAGUGCAAUUGCAGAACUUAUAGAUAAUGCUUAUGAUCCAGAUGUGAGUGCUAAACAGAUAUGGAUAGACAAAACAGUGAUAAAUGACAAUAUAUGCUUGACAUUCACUGAUAAUGGAAAUGGUAUGAAUUCAGAGAAGCUACAUAAAAUGCUAAGCUUUGGCUUCAGCGAGAAAUCUGUGAUGAAUGGCCGUGUUCCAGUGGGACUGUAUGGAAAUGGGUUUAAGUCAGGGUCCAUGCGCCUGGGAAAAGAUGCAAUAGUUUUCACCAAGAAUGGGGAAACCAUGAGUGUGGGCCUGUUAUCUCAGACUUUCCUUGAAGUCACAAAAGCAGAGCAUGUCAUGGUUCCUAUAGUGACAUUCAACAGCCAACGACAGGUCAGUGAUGCAGCAGAAUCCAAAAACAGCCUGAAAGCCAUCUUAACACAUUCUUUAUUUUCUACUGAGGAAAAAUUACUGGCAGAGCUAGAUGCUAUAAUAGGGAAAAAAGGCACAAGAAUUAUCAUUUGGAAUCUUAGAAGAGAUAAGAAUGAAAAAACAGAGUUUGACUUUGACAAGGAUAAAUACGACAUCAGAAUUCCGGAAGACUUAGAUGAAACAGGCAAAAGAGGAUACAAAAAACAAGAAAGGCUCGACCAGGUUGUUCCAGAAAGUGACUACUCACUGCGAGCUUACUGCAGUAUCUUGUAUCUGAAGCCAACAAUGCAGAUCAUUCUGAGAGGACAAAAAGUGAAAACACAGCUUGUUUCCAAAAGCCUUGCCUUCAUUGAACGUGAUAUAUAUAGGCCAAAAUUUCUGAAUGCUAAAACUGUAAGAAUUACUUUUGGAUUUAACUGCAGAAACAAAGAUCAUUAUGGAAUAAUGAUGUACCAUAAAAACAGACUCAUCAAAGCUUAUGAAAGAGUUGGCUGUCAGUUAAAGGCAAACAACAUGGGUGUUGGUGUCGUUGGGAUUAUUGAAUGCAACUUCCUCAAACCAACUCAUAACAAACAAGAUUUUGACUACACAAAUGAAUACAGGCUUACAAUAGCUGCGUUAGGAGAAAAGCUUAAUGAUUACUGGAAUGAAAUGAAAACUAAGAAAAAUGAAGAAUAUCCUUUAGCUUUGCCAGUUGAGGAGAUACAAAAACAGCCUGAUCAGACAUGGGUACAGUGUGAUGCAUGUCUGAAAUGGCGAAAGCUGCCUGAUGGAAUAGAGCACUUGCCAGAAAAGUGGUACUGCUCAUUGAACCCUGACCCACAGUUCCGGAAUUGUAACGUGCCAGAAGAACCAGAAGAUGAUGAUCUAAUACAUCCUACAUAUGAGAAAACUUACAAAAAAAAAGACAGGGAAAAACUGAAGAAGCGUCUGGAGUACAGCCACCAGAUAAGUAAUGAAAUGUUUUUAAAAACAACACCCGUUUCUUCAAGUAAAGACUUCAAAACAUUCACAGCUGUCAGUGGAAAGGAAGCUGUUCCAAGAUCACUUUUACCAGAAACAUCAAAUACUUCUAUAAAAAGACCUAUCCUUAUUUUAAGUAGAUCAGUAUCUUCACCUCAUUGUGAUUCUGACAACAGUCUUAAACGGAGGACACCUAGUUGUGUGACACCAGUGUCUUUAAAAAAACCUCGAUUAAAUGACAAAACGUUCAACAACCAUGAUGAUGAUGAAGACGUCAUUAUUUUAGAGGAGAGCAGUACUCCAAAGCCUUCAGCAGAUCCUGAUACUACUCCUGUAGUAAAAACUGAAUGUAUUAAUUUGGAUCAAGAUGAGAAGCAAAAAGAAAACUGUGACGUCAGAGAAUCUUGCAGUGAAGCCACUCCAGAAUCAAGAAGCGAACAGCUGACCUCAGCAACACAGACAGAACUCCCAAACUUAGUUGUAAAAAAGGAAGAGGUGGAAGAUGACACUGAUAUUCCAAUUCCCAGGGCAGAGAUGCAAACUGAACAGCACAGUGUUAAUGAUGUUUCUAAGCCAUCUGUAGAUCUUGGAAAUGAACUGAAAAAUCAGCUGCAUUUCGUAAACAAAGAAAAAGAAAGGUACCAAAACAAAUGCGAAGUAUUAACCAAACAAAUAGAAACACUGGAGCAGAGGAUUGUGGAAAUGAAUAAUAAAUAUGUAAAAAAAGAAAUGUGCCAUCAGUCAACCGAGACAGUUCUCUUUGAAGAAGAAAACAUUCAUGAAAAAAGCUUGGCCGAAGUGACCGCUCGCUAUGAGCAGGCCUUAGAAGAAAUAGCAAAAUUAAAGGAACAAUGCAGUACCCUCCAGAACCUAAAAACUGAAUGCAGCAAGUGUGCUGAUGGUGAAAGUAAGAGCGAGGUAGAUGAGAUUGCUGUGCAACUGGACAAUGUUUUCAGGCAACUGGACAAGUGCAGCAUUGAAAGAGACAGAUACAAAAGUGAGAUUGAACUACUAGAAGUGGAAAAAAAUCAACUUGCUUGUCAAUGUGAAGAACUUAAAGCGGAAAUUGCACAGUUAAAAGCUUCAAUUCCGCAAGCAGUAGCACGUGCAAAUGAUUCUACCACCAGUAAUGUAGAAGAAUCUGUAAAUUUUUCUGAUGGAGAAAGCCUGAAACUACGCUCUCUUCGAGUGAAUGUUGGACAACUUCUGGCUACCAUCAUGCCUGAUCUAGACUUGCAGCAAGUAAAUUACGAUAUUGAUGUAGUAGAUGAAAUUUUAGGGCAAGUUGUGGAACAAAUGCAUGAAAUCAGUAGUACUUAAUACCUUAAGAUUUUAGCAGUUUCUUACUUGAUCUUCCACUAUAACCUUUGUGUAGGUUCAAAAUUGUAUAUACUGCUUCUUCACUUUAUAUAUUUGACAUAGUUUGAUUGAUAAGUGUACAUACACUACACGUUUAGAUGUUCCCACAGAUGCAGUGGGUGUUAUUGUCACUUUGUCUUAAAGGAGCACUGUCAAUAUUGACCAACGCUGAUGUACUUAAUUAAGGUUUUUGCUUUUAAA